AUGGCCGACGCAACCAGCAUCAGGGAGCUCCCAUCUCUCACCGGCAUCCGUCUGCGCCGGAACCCACUGGAAGAAAACCCCUUCUUCCACCCCUCCCAUGGCUUCUACAUCACUCCUUCCGACGUCAUCCUCUCCCAGGUUGUCUACGACCUCUCCGCCGACUCCCAGCCACGCUACGCCUACCACAGAGCUGGGCCCCGCCAGGAGAUCAUGUACGAGCCGUCAUCUGUGAAGGCGGCGAUCGUGACCUGUGGAGGGUUGUGCCCGGGCAUGAACACCGUCAUCAGAGAGCUUGUGGUUGGCCUGUGGGAGCUCUACGGGGUGAGAAAGAUUUGUGGAAUCCCGGCUGGUUACAGAGGCUUUUACUCCAUGGAAGCCGUCGAGCUAAAUCCCAAGCUGGUUCAUAAUUGGCACAAGAAGGGCGGCACUGUACUCUCCACCUCCCGAGGUGGCUUCGAUCUCCUUAAAAUCGUCGAUUCCAUCCAACUCAACGGUUACAAUCAGGUCUGUUUCACUCUAUGGUUUGAUUUGUUCUUUGGAAACUUGAUUUGUUCUUUGGAAAUUGAGUUUAAAAAGCAAAUCCUCUUUCGUUGUGUUGAUCCUCAAAUGCGACACCAGGUCUAUAUAAUAGGAGGAGACGGCACGAUGCGUGGGGCUGUGAAGAUCUUCGAGGAAGUCAGCCGCAGGAAACUGGAGGUGGGAAUCACGGUUAUACCGAAAACCGUGGACAACGAUGUGGGCAUCAUCGAUAGAUCAUUCGGGUUUCAAACGGCGGUAGAGAUGGCUCAGGAGGCUAUAUCUGCCGCUCACGUUGAGGCCGAGAGCGCCGUCAAUGGCAUUGGACUAGUGAAGCUCAUGGGCAGAAGUACUGGCCACAUUGCACUGCAUGCCACACUCAGCAGCCGUGAUGUGGACUGUUGUUUGAUCCCGGAGAUGGAGUUUUACCUUGAAGGCAAAGGAGGGCUGUUUGAGUUUCUGGAGCAGAGACUGAAGGAUCAUGGGCAUGCCGUACUUGUUGUUGCUGAAGGCGCAGGACAAGAGAUGAUCCCAAGGAGUGAGUCGCAGAAACAAGAGAGGGAUGAAUCUGGGAACCUUGUUUUCUUGGAUGUGGGAGUUUGGUUGAAGUCAGCGCUGAAGGAAUGGUGGGGUCGAAAGCAUCCAGGCGAGCUGUUCACCGUGAAGUAUAUCGAUCCUACUUACAUGAUAAGAGCUGUACCCGCGAAUGCUACGGAUAACUUGUACUGUACGCUCUUGGCUCACUCGGCUAUCCACGGAGUCAUGGCUGGUUACACAGGGUUCGUGUCUGGCCCGAUCAACGGGAACUAUGCUUAUAUCCCCUUAGAGGAGGUGGCUCAGACUAAGAAUGAAGUGAACACGAGUGACCACAAGUGGGCGUGGGUGCGCUCAGUGACAAACCAGCCUGAUUUUGAAACGAAUUUUAAGGGGCAAACACCGUGA